CACUGAGCCUCGUCUGCUCUGAGGUUUGGUCCAUGUGUUGAAACUCAAUCCAGUUAUAAACCUGAAUAAGUGGAACACAAAUAUCUCAGGAUGACGGAGAGGAGCCGCACACGUAGAAGACGAAGACGUCAUCUUAGAAAGACGAGUGAAACGAAAAGCUCUGUCAGAUAAAAUCCGUUCCUUCACAUUCUAAGUAUCGUCCUCGCUGGUCGAUGCUUAAUCAGCUGAAGUGCCCUCAGCUGGCCUCAGUCCAGACGCCAUGUUCCUCUUGAGUCCCACACGGUUGGAACUCGAGUCACAGACACUGUCCGAUCACAAUUUGAUUAUCUGUAAUAAGUCGUCCUGCAGUAAGAUCGCCAUGCGUCUCAAGGUGCUGCGCCGUGAAGACCUGGUCCAAGACUCUGACUGCCCGCCUCCGGUGGCCGCAUCAACGAGCAGUGUGGACAUCCCCCAGCACGGCGGGUGGAUCCUGGACUGUCCAGGCCUGCAGGACGUCACCAAGAUGGCCGACAGCGAUCCCAGCGUCACCUGGUACCACGUGACUCUAUCCGGCUCGUGUUACAAGUAUCCGUUCUGGAACAUUGACCGGCAGAAGAAAGGAUCCAGUCUGAGGUUCUUCGUCAUGUAUGAUACUUAUUGUGGUUUAUAUUUCUGCACCGUCACCUACCUGAGGAGAGGCAAGACGCUCUCCUUCACCAGGAGCAUCAACGUCUCCACAAUCCAUCCUACAUCGCUGCCUAAAGAACCCAGCAUCCUCCAGCCGGUCAGAAGCCGGGUCUUCCCUGUCAGACAGGGUAUGGAGGUGCGUCUGCAGUGCCGAGGUCUGUUCCCCCUGGAGUCAUUCUGGAAAAUCUGGUGGACGGUCGACGGGAAGACGCUGGACGAACUAUCCGACCACCGCUUCUCUAAUAUCAACAGUCAGGUGAAGUACUACAAAGGGGACCGGACGGAGGAGAGCCUGCUGGUGAUUCAGGACUUUGGCUCUGCCGACCUGAAGCGACAGUAUAACUGCUCUGUGAGGAACUCCAGAGGCUUCGAGACUCGCAGCGCUCAGCUGAAGGAGGACGUGUCUUUGCCGUCCGUGGAGCUGGGUUGUGGUCUCGGCGUGACUCUGGUCCUCAUGCUGCUCCUCUUUGUGGUCUAUCACGUCUUCUGGCUGGAGCUGCUGCUCAUCUACCGCUCGUGGUUCGGCAGCGACGAGCGACACACAGAUGAUAAAGAAUACGAUGUGUACAUCUCGUAUGCGAGGAACAGUGAGGACGAGCAGUUUGUUCUGUCGACACUUCGCACUGUUCUGGAAAACGAGCUCGGAUACUCAGUGUGUAUAUUUGACCGAGACAGUCUGCCGGGAGGGACCAUCACAGAUGAGACUCUGAGUUUUGUGGCUCGUAGCCGGCGCGUCCUGGUGGUCCUUAGCCCAGGUUACGCCACUCAGGGAUCCCAGGCCCUGCUGGAGCUGAAGGCCGGUAUCGACGGCAUGGCGCUGAGCGGAGACCUGAGGGUCAUCCUGGUCCAGUUCAAACCGGUUCGGUGGCAGGGCUGGGUCCGCGAGCUGAGACGAGCCCGGGUGGCUCUGGCCCUGGUCCAAUGGCAGGGAGACAAAUCCAGCGAGCUGACGUCUCGCUUCUGGAAGAGGCUGAGGGUGGAGCUUCCUGUGAGGAGGGUCAGCCCCAGGGCGGAGGAGGAGGAGGGGAACAGCAAGGAGCUGAUGAGGCUGCACAGUCAGAACAGCACAAACUCACAGACCGGCCUCAUCACUGACUCCAACAAAAACCCAAAGAAAGUCUUCAACUGUGCAGUGUGACGGAGCUCAGCCUUUCAGUCACGUGUUCAAAACAUGUCGGCACUCUCAGAUAAACAUGGAAAGAAUAUUAUAAUAUUCAUUUCUCUUAAUCUGGUUCUGACUCGUCCACUCAGUCCUCCGUCUUAAAACUCAUCUGAAUGAUGAAACAGUGUCUGAUUCAGAACUUGGGCCUGAGGGUGGCGCCAGAGGGAAGACCGAGGAUUAAGAUAGAAAUUUAAAGUAGAGAUUUGAUAAUGAUCGAGUCCAGCAGCUGCUGAGUCGACACUGAGAAUACAAACAAGGUGAGGGUGGAACGUAAACGACACAGAAACAAAGAGAACAUUUAAAAAAGUUACAUUAGGUCUCCAUUUUUCUGCAAACACAGGUACGACUUCUUACUCAUAUCUUCUGAUAAACUAAUGCACUGCAACUUUCACGUCAGAAGAUUAAUUAUUUCAAGUAAAAGUUGCCUGAUCGUUACUUUAAACGUUGUAAUUACUCUGCACUUUCUGUGUUUUUCAUUUUAUUUUUGUAUGACUUUAAAGACAGUAUUUUAACAGUAGAUUGCUUCCUGAACUUUGUCAGUUUUUUUUUAAUAAAUGGUAAUAAAUCA